UAACACUGAUUCACAACAAAAUUUAAAAAAUAACAGGUUGACAUCAAAUAAUUAAAAAUUAAUAAAGAAAUUCGAAUUUUUAAACAUAAUCAGAAUCAAUUACAAUUGAUUAUUAGCCAAAACGAAUACAGAUAAUCCGUUGCAGUUAGAAAAAUGGAGUUUGAUGUCUAUUAAAUGUAAAUGCCUAUAUAGAUACUGAUGAAGUAGGCACCCACAAGAAAUAAGAAUAUUAUAAUUUGUGAUUUUAUAAAAUAGAAUGAUACCGACAUGGAUGAAAUAUUUUAUGAUGCUGAAACUGAACUUGUGAUUUUUGAUAAGGAUAAAACAAUAGAAGAACUAUAUAGAGUCGAAGUAGAAAAAGAACAAAAAUACAGAGAACUACAAUUGUGUCGUUUUGAAGAGCAAUUAAUGAUGAAAUUAGCACCAAAAUUCGAAGUAAAUGAAAGUAUGCAGCGUGAACUACAGUAUACAGUUGAAAACCUGCAAACGACAGUGGAAGAUUUGAAAUUAAAAAUCGAAAAUGUAAAUAAUAGCAACGAAGAAAAUGUACACCAAAAAAUUAAAACAUUAAUAGAACUAUAUAGAGCUGAAGAAGAGGAAAACUCAUCUAGAAAACUACAAGUAUCAAAUAAUCAAACAUAUAAUUUACAUAGUUUAUUGUUGGAGGCUAUUGAAAAAUUACAAAAAACAGUAGAGAAUCAAACAUUAAUAGUCGAAAAAAAAAAAAAUUGUGAUGAUGUUCAACAUUUAAAAUUAGAAAUGACCAACAUAAAAAAUAGUUUGAACAUGUUGAACACUAAUUUCAACGAUCUGAAAACAAAAAUGAUGUUUAUAGAAAGAACCGUCGAAACAUCCAAUAGUAAGUUUGGUAAACUGAAAAAUCGGAUUGGAAUUAUCGAAAAAGAAGUGACAAAAAAUACUACCCAUUUAAUUGAAAUGAAUUACGCCUACCAGAGAUUGUCGUCUACAAGAAUGAACUUUGGUACGGGAGGUAUUGUUUCAAGCCCGCUGAACAAAUCAACAUCGUCCUCGGCAUCUACGAAUCUACUUUCUCCGCCACUACCAACUCCACCGCCACCUCCACCAUCAAAUUCAUCACCACCGCCACCACCCCCUCCGCCAUCAACUUCAUCACCAACUCCACCACCACCUCCGCCAUCAACUUCAUCACCACCUCCGCCACCACCUCCACCACCUUUGAUGAAAAAGACUAAUAUACCAACAUCUAAUAGAGAGGUCCAGGACACAUCUAAGGCGGCAGUGAAGACAGAGAAAAUAUAUUGCAGAAUACCGAUUACUGAAGAAGUACUUAGGUCAGUAGUGUUAAAGCCACCCGGUCAGCGGACUGCCGGUAAACAAUUUUCAACAAAGUGAUUAUAAACGACGACAAAAUUACGCUGUCAUCGUUUUGGUAUUGUUUCAAGCCCGCUUAGAAUCACUUUGUUGAAAAUAAUUAAAAAAAAAUCUUUUUGAUUAUUUUUUCUAACUUGUGUAGAAGUUUAUUCAUGGAUUAAAAAAA